AUGCUCUCCUAUAAAGCUUGGAUGAUAUCUCAGUAUGCUGGAGCAGCAGACCGGACAAUGUCUCGUCCCACAACACCUCCGAUCAUCUGUGUUUUCGAUGGGCCAAGGACAUGCUCUCAGCUCUUCAACAAGCUGUUCGCUGCUCACAAUCAGCUCCAGCAGAUCUUUCAUCCUUAUAUGGGCUGCUCAGUGUACGGACCAGAGCGUGUGACGGCUCGACUAAGGGGAUCCGAGACUUCAAGGCAGGCCAAGAAUGACCUUGCUGCGACCUAUGAUCUGCACGAAGAGACGUACGAAGUUGCUAGCGAGAGACUUCGAACUAGCAUUGCUGAAGCUCGUACAGCCGGCAAGAUUCCGUGGAUAAAAGAUCACUUGAUCUGCCCCAUGCAAGUUCAACUCAUGCUCGAUUCGUACGAGAGAAACCCUCAGGCGGAUGUCGACUUCGCUCCAAACCCUACCAUGAUUCCAGAUGGCCUGUUCUGGAGCAUGACUCCGAUCAUCCUUGUUCGUCACCCUGCAUUGAGAGUGCCCGCCUACUAUCGAGCUCAGCGACCUGUCUUCAGGGAGCAGGCAGAUGAAGAAGUUUUCGAAGCCAUGGCUUCUUCGCGCUGGGCACAGAUGGUGUUCGAUGCAUACACAGCACGGCCAGGAGCGAGGGCACCGAUUGUUGUAGAUGCACAAGACACUGUUCACCACACAAGACCGUUGGCCGAGAAGAUAUGUGCGCUGCUGGACAUCGAUCCCAAAGGAAUGCAGUAUGAAUGGGAAGCUGUGCCUCGUGGACAGUGGCCAUCCGACCCGAUCAUGCAGGGCUUCUUCAAGACAUUAUUGAAGUCACAUGGUGUUCAGCGUGAAGGACAGCCAGCUGAACUUCACCUUGACAUCGAGCACGAGAUGCGAUCUUGGGAGCAUGGAUUUGGGCAAGAGACUGCGAAGGAGUUACGAAGAGUCGUAGACAGAGACCUGCCGAUCUAUGAGUACUUGAGGCAGUAUAAGCUGCAUGUCUGA